AUGUCAUUCCUCACUCCGCCCUCUCAUUCGCCUUUCCAACCUCUUCAACCAGUUCAGACUCCGACCAACCCACCGGCAGGGUCACUCAUCAUCACUUUGGUACAUCCUGAUCCAUCGAGAUCACCUGCGACUGCAUUCUUCCUCCUUUGCGUUCCUGAUCCAUGCCUGUUUGCUUAUUACUCUGCCCUCUUCAUCCAUCGUCACUUCACCUCGUCAUCGAGCACGGGCCCAAUCCGUUGGAGGCAUCAACACAUUGAAUUAGAGCUGGAAGACAAGGAUGGUCUCGCGGCGACCAGCGGUGGGAGGAUAGGGAUAAGUCUACACUGGAUCGGAAACGUCAUGAAGGACGUCAAUGAGGGUAGGCGGACAAUGGACAGUGCGGCGCAAGAGUUCAAGGGCGUCAUCCUACACGAAAUGGUCCAUACAAUCCAGCAUGACGGAUUUGGAUCUACUCCUGGAUGGCUGAUUGAAGGCUUUGCAGAUUAUGUCAGACUGCUCGCUCGUCUAGAUCCGCCGCAUUGGAAAAAAGCAGGUCAAGGCAAUCCCGAUAAGGGCUAUGAAACAGGCUACGACGUCGUGGCUUGGUUCUUAUGCUAUUUGACAGGUCAAGAGCCUCCAUCAGUCCCAUAUACAGGCCCAGAUGCGUACAUCCCUGUCAAUUUCGCUAUUCCGCCUCCUGUCACCACGCAAACUCCCUCACAAGCAUUGCCCACCCGCAUCGCCCAAGAUGGACAGCCGAAUUCACCGCCCCCGCCCGGCCCGCCUGCAAGUAGACCACGGCCUCGCGGACCGUUCCCCGGGCUGGUGCAUGUGAUCGACAGUCGUCUAGAGACAUCGCGUUGGAGCGAUUCUUGGUGGGUCGAGAUGACUGGCGCACCCUUGGAUGUUUUGUGGCGCGAAUACCUCGAGUAUUACUCUUGA